AUGUCGGAAGUUUCGGAUAUUGAAAAGCAACAAACGAAACUUGAGGAUGAUAUCAGCAAGCUUCAAGGUGCUUUGAAGCACUGGCAGACUUGGGAUGCUGAAUAUGAAAUGCUCAAGGAAGAGGUUCUGGCUGUUUGUGAGAGCGGCGAAAAUGAACUAAAGACCAUCCACGCCGGCUUUGAGGGCGAACUUCUCAAGGAUCGCGAGCUUGAUGAGAUCUUUGGGGAGAGGACACAACGAUCUGGCCAACAGAUCUUGAAUAUUCUUGAUCGGCGCACCGACUAUGUCGUCAAAAACAUCGAAACCUUGCAGAAUCAAAUCAGUGUUGCCGAGGACAAACUCACCGAGCUUCAACCAGAUUUCACCCAAGAUGACGGUCUACCGAUUACGGAGAUUAUCGAGGAGCUUGACGAUGAUGACAACAUUAUUUCGUACAAGUUGAAUCAGCCUGAUAGCGCGUUGCCCCAGAUUCAGCAAGCCCUUGAAAAAGCUGGCGUUAAGGACCUUGAAAAUGACGACUCCAGCUCACCCGCAGAGAACUCCAAGGAAAAAGAGUCUGUGCCAAAGACAGAACCUGCGCUUGUCAUGCCUAAACUACCCACGAAGCAGAGUCUACCUCAGUCGACAGAUGUUCAGACGACAAUACUAGCGCCGUCUGCAAGCAAAGGUGUUUCGUUUGCUGAGGAUACCAAAAUGCAAGAUGGCCCCAAGCCCCAAGCCUCGCGUAAUGCUAAGCGUGUUGAAGAGAUCAUGAACCAUGCCAAAGAGCAGGAGAAGAUCACCAAUGAGCAAGCACACAUCCCUGAGGAUGAGGAUGAGGAGGAUGCGGAACUACGGCGACAGAUGCUUGAAUACUCUGGUGAAGUCGGCGCUGUUGUUGCCGAGCUCCAACUCGAAGAAGGAGACAGCGAUGACUACGAGUACGAAGAAUAUAGCGACGAAGGUUUUGAGGACGACGAUGAUGACCAAGAAGAUAAGUAUGGCCGAUACACUGGCCGUGUUGUUACAGAGGACUAUCGCCAAAGGAUGCUUGAGCUGGAACAGAAGCUUGGCAUCAAGUCGCGUUUCACGGAACGACCAGAGGACAAGGACGCCGAGGCAAGUUCAGACGAAGAGGAUGGGAACAAGGAAGAGGGCGUUGGCCGAAUCGUUGUGAAGCCAACCUCUUCAACGACAACACCAGCAUCGCAAGCCUCAGCCUCGGCGUCAAAACCUGCGCCUACCAAAUCAAAUAUCAAAGAAAAGCAACCGGAGUCGGCCAACGGCAAAAAGGGCGUGCGCUUUGCUUCCAGUCUGGACAUUGCACAGGAGAGUGAGCCCACAUCUCUCCCGGUGAGAGAGGCUCCUGUUGAGGAAAGGGAACCCAUAGUGGAACCAUUGAGCGAUAUUGUCGAGCGUUCCACCUCAAAGACCUCCGACACCACAAAUACCAGGUCGACGCGCAAACAAUCGCGAUUCAAAAAGGCCAGAGACACUGUUCCACCCGGCCCUCUUGACGUCCCUGCCACUUUCAUUGAUCAAGAUCGCCCCACUGCGCCCACUGGCCCCGAUGGCACAACACUCGCUGACACAUUAGUUGAGCGUGAACCAACAAGGGCUGCUCAGCCACCUGACGAAUUCGACGAUGAGUUGAUAUUACAAGAAGUUGCCGAUGAGCAUCACAAGCUGCGAAAGAAAUUCAUCCAGCGGGAAGGUGGGUUCCUCAAAGAAGAUGAGUCUCCUAUCCAGCCUCUGGAAGAGCAAGAUGGUGGACGGGAGCGCGUCAGUCGCUUCAAGGCGGCGAAGCUCUCGAAAUAUUAA